AUGCAUGACAGCCAUGGUGAGAGAGUAAAUGAGAAAAUUGAAGACAAACCAACAGGAAAAAUAUUAUGUUUCUCUGGCCCACCUGGGUUAGGCAAAAAAAGCUUAGUUUGUUCAAUUGCACGUGCCUUGAAUCGUAAGUUUUUCCGGAUCACUAUUGGAAGAUUAACUAAUAUUGCCGAAAUCAAGGGGCAUUUCCGAAUCAAUGUUAGUUCUAUGCCAGGAAAGAUGGUGCAGUGCCUAAAAACUGUGGGAACAGCUAACCCUCUUGUUUUAAUUGAUGGGGUCUACAAGUUGGGAAGACAGCAUGCUCGUGAUCUAACAAAUGCAGUGUUGGAUCUUCUUGAUCCUGAGCAAAAUGUUAAAUUCGUAGAUAACUUUUUCUUUUUUCCAAUUGACCUAUCAAAGGUUAGUCAUUGUGGUGAUGUGGAGACUAUAGAGGUUGUAUUUCUGCAAGACUUGUCUUCUAACUAGAUGUUCUUUGUUAUUUUACUAAAUUGGUACUAUCGUUCUUAAAUGGACGUGGAUGCACGAGUAUGUGGUGGCUGUAUUAUUGAAGUUUCUGAUUUUGUUUUUCUCUACCUUAGUGUGAAAUGAAG